GACCAUACUUUGGUAACGCAGGAGAUCACUUCGUUGCCCGGUUCAACUCCAAGUACAAUGACCUACUCACAGAGCACGCCAAUCGAGUCACAGUGCUGGAUGAGGCUCUUCAGAUCCUGUAUUCGGGAGUUUACUAUGUCUACCUUAGCGUCAACAUCGCCCCACGGUUCCAUGACAAUUCUGCGAAGACUGUUCAG